CUCCACCCUCAGAGCGGUCUCUCAUCCCUCCCUAGAAUCCUUAAAUCCUCUCUCGCUCAGGGCCUCCGCCGCAUCUGUCACAGACUUGUCCUGAACCGACAGCGGCUGGCGCAGCCCGCUAGACGAGCCGAUGGAGCGGCACCGGAGAGCCCGGGAGCCGCUGCUCGUGGCGCUGCUGCCGCUGGCGUGGUUGGCACAGGCGGGCCUGGCGCGCGCCGCGGGCUCUGUGCGCCUGGCGGGCGGCCUGACGCUGGGCGGCCUGUUCCCGGUGCACGCGCGGGGCGCGGCGGGCCGGGCGUGCGGGCCGCUGAAGAAGGAGCAGGGCGUGCACCGGCUGGAGGCCAUGCUGUACGCGCUGGACCGCGUUAACGCCGACCCCGAGCUGCUGCCCGGCGUGCGCCUGGGCGCGCGGCUGCUGGACACCUGCUCGCGGGACACCUACGCGCUGGAGCAGGCGCUGAGCUUCGUGCAGGCGCUGAUCCGCGGCCGCGGCGACGGCGAGGAGGUGGGCGUGCGCUGCCCGGGAGGCGUCCCUCCGCUGCGCACCGCGCCCCCCGAGCGCGUCGUGGCCGUCGUGGGCGCCUCGGCCAGCUCCGUCUCCAUCAUGGUCGCCAACGUGCUGCGCCUGUUUGCGAUACCCCAGAUCAGCUAUGCCUCCACAGCCCCGGAGCUCAGCGACUCCACGCGCUAUGACUUCUUCUCCCGGGUGGUGCCACCCGACUCCUACCAGGCGCAGGCCAUGGUGGACAUCGUGAGAGCGCUGGGAUGGAACUACGUGUCCACGCUGGCCUCCGAGGGCAACUAUGGCGAAAGCGGGGUUGAGGCCUUCGUUCAGAUCUCCCGAGAGGCUGGGGGGGUCUGUAUUGCCCAGUCUAUCAAGAUUCCCAGGGAACCAAAGCCAGGACAGUUCAGCAAGGUGAUCAGGAGACUCAUGGAGACGCCCAAUGCCCGGGGCAUCAUUAUCUUCGCCAACGAGGAUGACAUCAGGCGGGUCCUGGAGGCAGCUCGCCAGGCCAACCUGACCGGCCACUUCCUGUGGGUCGGCUCAGACAGCUGGGGAGCCAAGACCUCGCCCAUCUUUAGCCUGGAGGACGUGGCCGUCGGGGCCAUCACCAUCCUGCCCAAAAGGGCCUCCAUCGACGGAUUUGACCAGUACUUCAUGACUCGAUCCCUGGAGAACAACCGCAGGAACAUCUGGUUCGCCGAGUUCUGGGAAGAGAAUUUUAACUGCAAACUGACCAGCUCAGGUACCCAGUCAGACGAUUCCACCCGCAAAUGCACAGGCGAGGAACGCAUCGGCCGGGACUCCACGUACGAGCAGGAGGGCAAGGUGCAGUUUGUGAUCGAUGCGGUGUACGCCAUUGCCCAUGCCCUCCACAGCAUGCACCAGGCGCUCUGCCCUGGGCACACAGGCCUGUGCCCGGCGAUGGAACCCACUGAUGGGCGGACGCUUCUGCAGUACAUUCGAGCUGUCCGCUUCAAUGGCAGCGCAGGAACCCCUGUGAUGUUCAACGAGAACGGAGAUGCGCCUGGGCGGUACGACAUCUUCCAGUACCAGGCGACCAAUGGCAGUGCCAGCAGUGGCGGGUACCAGGCAGUGGGCCAGUGGGCAGAGACCCUCAGACUGGAUGUGGAGGCCCUGCAGUGGUCUGGCGACCCCCACGAGGUGCCCUCGUCUCUGUGCAGCCUGCCCUGCGGGCCGGGGGAGCGGAAGAAGAUGGUGAAGGGCGUCCCCUGCUGUUGGCACUGCGAGGCCUGUGACGGGUACCGCUUCCAGGUGGACGAGUUCACAUGCGAGGCCUGUCCUGGGGACAUGAGGCCCACGCCCAACCACACGGGCUGCCGCCCCACACCUGUGGUGCGCCUGAGCUGGUCCUCCCCCUGGGCAGCCCCGCCGCUCCUCCUGGCCGUGCUGGGCAUCAUGGCCACUACUACGGUGGUGACCGCCUUCGUGCGGCACAACAACACGCCCAUCGUCCGGGCCUCGGGCCGAGAGCUCAGCUACGUCCUCCUCACUGGCAUCUUCCUCAUCUACGCCAUCACCUUCCUCAUGGUGGCUGAGCCUGGGGCCGCGGUCUGUGCUGCCCGCAGGCUCUUCCUGGGCCUGGGCACGACCCUCAGCUACUCUGCCCUGCUCACCAAGACCAACCGUAUCUACCGCAUCUUUGAGCAGGGCAAGCGCUCGGUCACACCCCCUCCCUUCAUCAGCCCCACCUCGCAGCUGGUCAUCACCUUCAGCCUCACCUCCCUGCAGGUGGUGGGGGUGAUAGCAUGGCUGGGGGCCCGGCCCCCACACAGUGUGAUUGACUAUGAGGAGCAGCGGACGGUGGACCCCGAGCAGGCCAGAGGGGUGCUCAAGUGCGACAUGUCGGAUCUGUCUCUCAUCGGCUGCCUGGGCUACAGCCUCCUGCUCAUGGUCACGUGCACAGUGUACGCCAUCAAGGCCCGUGGCGUGCCGGAGACCUUCAACGAGGCCAAGCCCAUCGGCUUCACCAUGUACACCACCUGCAUCAUCUGGCUGGCAUUCGUGCCCAUCUUCUUUGGCACUGCCCAGUCAGCUGAAAAGAUCUACAUCCAGACAACCACGCUAACCGUGUCCUUGAGUCUGAGUGCAUCGGUGUCCCUCGGCAUGCUCUACGUACCCAAAACCUACGUCAUCCUGUUCCAUCCAGAGCAGAAUGUGCAGAAGCGAAAGCGGAGCCUCAAGGCCACCUCCACGGUGGCAGCCCCACCCAAGGGCGAGGAUGCAGAGGACCACAAGUAGCAGGGCAGGUGGGAACGGGACUGCUCGCUGCCUCUCCUUUCUUCCUCUUGCCUCACGGUGGAAGCUAUAUAGAGCCCGGGUCCACAGUGAACAGUCAGAGGCAGGGAGUUCGCGAAGACCACGCUCCGCAUCGGUGGGGCUGGCCUUGAGAAGGAACUGGACCCAGCUCUGUCCCGAUUCCAGCAUGUGAGCUUCAUGCUUCCUCACCACAGACCAGACUCGCUACCCAUGGUGGGAAACAGCCACCGAGAAGGUUCUAGCUCUAGAGAGGGACUAAACUUAUUCUCUCAUCCGAAGUCCAAAGAGGAUGAUGAAGCCCUGGGCUUUGCCUGGUUUGAGGGAGACUUCCUCCCCUCAGUCAACCCCCAUAACCUGGGGAUUGGGCAGUGUGGAAGAACGUGCAGACCCCAGAAUGAAACAUGGGGUUGGAGUGGAGGAGAAGCUGUCUCAGCAAGAGGAGACCUGGGGCUAUGCAUCUGGACGGAGGCACUCAGGCCUGGGUAGGAUUCCUCUGGCAUGGAGGGAGAGACCCUGGGUGAGACCCCUGUGAGCAUGGGAAGGGCCUGCAGUGGGCGCAGGAGUGAGCUGAGGAACUGGGGUGUGCCCCCAUGAGAUUCCCAAUGCCAUGGGCUUUCCCCCCAUCCCCCUGGGAUUGGGCAAGGUCAGACGUAGAGUACAGCUGUUUUCCUCCCCUGUGCGUACUCCCUUAAAUCACCCCCAAACCUUGGCCAGGCAUGGUGGCUCACACCUGUAAUCCCAGCACUUUGGGAGGCCAAGGCAGGUGGAUCACCUGAGAUCAGGAGUUCG